UUUUAUGUCGACGAUUACGGAAGCCUCUAGUGUUGGUUUUGCCAAUUUCCCUAACCAGUUGCUUAGAAGAUGCGUAAAGGAUGGAUUUGAGUUCACAAUGAUGGUUUCUGGUUUGGGUAAAUCGACUUUUUUGAAUACACUUUUCAUGGCUGAACUUCACGAUCUGAAAAACGACAAAUCUUUAGAGAUCAAAUCAACAGUGAGUAUUGAGAGCAAAACUUUUAGACUUGCCGAGAAUGAUGUUCGAUUGAAGAUUACUGUUGUGGACACACCUGGAUUUGGAGACUUUAAUUUUAGUUGGGAGCCUAUAGUUAAAUACAUUGAUGACCGUUUUGCUGAUUAUUUGGCAGAAGAGACUAAAAUUGACCGAUCUUCCAAGAUUGAAGAUAAACGAGUUCAUCUGUGUAUUUACUUUAUUCCACCUACUGGACAUGGCCUCAAGCAAUUAGAUAUAGCUUUUAUGCAAGCUCUUCAAGAUCGUGUUAACAUAAUUCCAGUUAUUGCCAAAGCAGACACACUUACUCCUACUGAACUUGGACGUUUUAAACAACAUGUAUUUCUAUAUAUUUCUAUACAACUUUUUAAACGUAUUUAUUUUUUGAAGAUAAUGGAAGACAUGAAUAAGAACAAUAUUUCACUUUACAAGUUACCAGACUUUGAUUGUGAGCAACAGCAAUCGAUUGUUAAUGGUUGCAGUGUUUUACUAACAAAUGGUAAAUCUCAAUCACAUCAAAAUACUACCAAAAUUGAAUCAUCUAAACGAUUUCCAUUUGCAAUUAUCGGAUCUACACACGUCAAAGAAGUUUUGGUUGGUGAUGAACAUCGAGCUACUAAGCAAAGAGUUCGAGUUCGUGAAUACCCUUGGGGUAUAGUAGAAGUGGACAAUUUGGGACAUAAUGACUUUGUUGCUCUUCGUGAUAUGAUUAUUCGAAAUAAUUUGAUUGAUCUUAUCGAGGUAACUAAAUGUUUACAUUAUGAGAAUUAUCGAAUGCGCAAUUUACCUCAAAGCAGUUUUGACGACGAUCCUUUUACUCAAUUGGAGCGAACAAUUGCAAAACGUGCCGAAAUGGAAGACAUGCGCCAGAAGAGAGAUGCUCAGUUUAGUAAAAGUGUUGCUGUUCGAGAGCAAAGGCUUAUGGAGAGGACUUUAUCUAUUGACAAGGAGGAAAAGGAAAAUCAGAAAGUAUUAGAGGAAAAGAGGGAACUUUUUGAUAGAAUUAGACUUGAAUUAAAAGAUAAAACUUCUCCUAAAAAUAUUGCUUCAAAUUUAUUGUCGGCUUUAUAUACUUUUAGAAAUAAAGGCAAAUAA